AUGUCGGCCGAUCAAGAGUUUGAAUUCAAAAAAUGGCUCUCCACGAGCUGCCAUCCCCUCAUAGAUGGCAUGGAUACUGCGUACGGCUAUCAGCCGUCGCUGGCUGCAGGCGUCGUCUUCCUCGUUCUCUUUGGUCUCUCGAUGAUUGUUCACACAAUCCAGUUUACCUGGAAAAGAACCUGGUGGUGUGCUGUCUUCAGUAUUGGUUGUCUGACGGAGGUCCUAGGCUGGGCCGGACGUACCUGGUCCUCAGAAUGUCCCUAUAACAUGACAGCCUUCCUGAUGCAAAUCUCCACCCUAAUCAUCGCUCCCACCUUCUUCACAGCAGGCAUCUACGUCCUCCUCGGCCGCUUCAUCCAAAUCCUCGGCCGCGACUCCUCCAUCCUCAGCCCGAAAAUGUACCUCUGGAUCUUCUGCACCUGCGACAUCAUCUCGCUCGUCAUCCAAGCCAUCGGCGGCGGCAUCGCCUCCGCCGAAACAAACAAGGAAGACGGCGACACAGCCCCCGGCACCCACAUUAUGGUCGCCGGUAUCGUCUUCCAACUGUUCUCGAUCACCAUCUUUGUCGCCUGCGCCGCCGAUUUUGUCCGCCGCGUCCUCCGUCGUCGUCUUCUGCAGAACAUGAGCGGAUCCAUCACCCCCCUGUUCGCCGCCAUGGUAUUCUCCGUGCUUUGUAUUUACGUCCGAAGCAUCUACCGUACCAUAGAGUUGUCGCAAGGUUGGACCGGGUAUCUGAUUACCCGGGAGAAGUACUUCAUUGCGCUUGAUGGCGCGAUGAUGGUGGCUUCUGUUGGCGUCUUUAAUAUCUUCCAUCCCGGCUGGUUGAUGCCGAGUACCAAGGCUAUGCAGUAUGACCGGGAGAUUAUGUCUGAGGAUGGUUAUGGCCAUACUACUGAACUUCGGUGA